ACUGUCUUCGUGAAGAAUCUGCCUUGGUCUGCUGACCAGGACAGUCUGACAGAGUUCUUCGCAGACUGCGGUACAGUCGCCAGCGUUCGCGUCGGCAUGGACUACGAGACUGGCAGAUCCAAGGGAUUUGCUCACGUCCAAUUUGAGGAAGUGGCGGGCGCAGCAGCAGCCAUUGCCAAGAGCGGGUUUGAGAUGGAGGGCCGUGAGCUGUUCAUUGACUCAGCCAAGGAGCGCCCUGCCAGCGGCAACACGCCCAACUCAAAUCGCGGUGCGACACUGCUUGUGGACCAAUGCUUGCUUUCCUUCCUGGGUUGUACUGGAUUUACUGUAGUGAUGAUCUUUCCGGUGUUUCCUUGCUAA